UUGUUCGCACACGGAGUGUUUUAAGUGCCGCACCUGAGGAGAGUUUCGAGGACAACAGUACAUUGAAUGAAGAACUUCUCAAACCAGACAGAUAUAAACUUUAUAAUUAAUUAAUGAGCAUAAUUAUUGCGCUCUAGAGGAGUUAGCCACACUCGAAGUUUUAGCGAUCUAAUUGAAAUGUAACGUCAGUCGAUUAUAACACUUAUGUGGACUUCACAUAUCAGCACUUGCUUCAAAAGAGUGACAUUAGAUAUAUAUUGUGUCAUUUUAUUGCAUAAUGUAGCCAUAUGUGCUUACAACUGUGACUUUGCUGGCCACUAUAAUUAGCAAACAAGAUAAAACUUGAAAAUUAAGCGUACUGUAGAUUCAGAAUGCAGCAGACUUGUAUUCGCCUUGUCAAACUCGACAUGUUGUCCACUUUAACUAGGUUUCGGACACAUUCAGCGAUCAGAUGCUGCGCACAGAGACUCUUUCACUGCCGUCCGUCACUGUUUAUAUCUGCUCGGACUUACUUUAUAAAGAUAGACUCCUCUUCCUUACCAAAGCUAAAAGGAUCUGUCAGUUUCUCUGCUUCAUGUGUCAGUCUCGGGUCCUCCAGACUCGGUUUAUGUUCAAGUUCAUUCAAGACUGGAGCUCCAGCAGCUCUUCGGGCGCCGGUGGUCUUUCAGCGCACGCGCGGCUUCCACACCUCCGGCAGGCGGAGAGCUUUACCUGCUUUACCGCUGCUAUGGAUGGUGCUGAAGCCCUUGCAGAAGAUCAUGGCCAUCAUACUGGGCAGGAGCAUCAGGAAGUGGUGGGUUGCUCUGCCCGCCAAUAAAAAGCAGCUUUUUCGUGAGUGGUCGUGGCGUCGGCGCUGGCACUUUUUGGGAGCUGGGACGGGUCUGCUGUUCAUCGCCUCUCUCUUCUUCUUCACCCAUCUGGAUGAAUCUCCAAUAACAGGCAGGACUCGCCUGCUGGUGUUCAGCAGGAAGAACUUCAGAGAACUGGCGCAAUUUAAUGCAGAUGCAUUUAUGGAGGAGUUUAAGGAUUCUCUGAUCGCUUCGUCAGACCCCAGGCAUAAGGUGGUGGAGCAGGUGGUGCAGAUUCUGGCCCAGAGGAACCAGGACAUUGCUGAGAUUUCUGCCGUCCCCUGGACAGUCCAUGUAGUCGACAGCCCGACCAUGAAUGCAUUUGUUUUGCCUAAUGGAGAGAUCUUCGUCUUCACAGGAAUGCUGAAUGCUGUGACUGACAUCCAUCAGCUGACCUUUAUACUGGGACACGAGAUGGCUCACGCUCUGAUUGGCCAUGCAGCAGAGCAGGCCAGUUUGUCUCACGUGGUGGAGCUGUUGUCUCUCGUCCUGCUGACUGCGAUCUGGGCAGUCUGUCCUCGGGACAGUUUAGCGGCGCUGGGACACUGGAUUCAAGGCAAACUAGUGCAGUUUUUAUUUGACCGGCCGUUCAGUCGUAAGCUGGAGGCGGAAGCGGAUCAGGUUGGCCUACAGAUGGCUGCAAAGGCAUGUGCUGAUGUGAGGGCAGGCCCUGUGUUUUGGGAGCAAAUGGAGAUUUUUGAUCAGCUGAGUGGUCAGCCGACCAUGCCGGAGUGGCUUUCCACACACCCCUCUCACCAGAACCGUGUCAGACAGUUGGACCGCCUCAUUCCUGAGGCUCUUGAACUUCGUGCCCGAUGCAACUGUCCUGAACUCCCUAAAACCGACCCCCGUGUCGUUUUCAAUGAGGCUGUUCGAUUGGUUCUGGAAGGCAAAAAAGAACAGAUGCUGGAAAAAGAAGAAAAGAAUGGUAAAACCCAAACUGGAGACAUGUUUCCGUUACCUCACUCUCCUCCUGUCUUGGUUCAGGGGUCUCAGCCUCGAUUGGGGGAAGUGCUGGUCUCCGCUGCUAUGCCACAAACUCUGCUUAGUAAAUGAGACUUGAUGAAACAUGACUGACAUGGAUGAAUUCAAGCUUUCCUUUAGCUCUGAACAAGGCCCAAGAAAGAUCGUUGGAUAGAACCAAAUUACUUCGAUACUGGGUUGACACCCCUGUUAUGAUUUGAGAUUGCGUCUGUAUAUCAUUUGUGUGUGAAGCUUGAGUUUACGUCCCUCCUUCAUGCAUCCUUGGCAGUGCGGUCAUGUUAAUAAUGGAGCAAUUAUAAAUGAGCUUUUGAUUGGAUUUAAUGAUGUUAUUAGCAUAAGAUCCCUAUGAAGUUGAGUGCGUUAUGAUGUAUAGUACAUUAUUCAU